CCGCGAGCACGCCGCCGGCGGGGCGGGUGGGGCGGCGUGCUCGUGCGCAGGCGUCCUCGUGCUUUUUCUUGGUGGCGGGAAACCUCGGUCGAGGUGUGAGGGGUUUGCGGAGUCGCUGCGGCAGCUGGUUCUGCCUCUCGCCUUUAGGUUCUCCUUGCUCCUGAAGAGGUACACAAAGUAUAGUUUCUAAGCUGAAUGAUGACAACAUUGCAGAAUAAAGAAGGUGAGUCAAGAGUGAGGGACCUUCACUUUCUACAUUUCUCUCAUUUUUCUCCUUUUGGACAUCCUUUCCACCAAAGGAUGGUUCAGGUCCCAUUAUAUUCUGUGCCCACUCUGGUGAAAUUACUACUCUGCUAGAUGCUUUGAAUGAAAGAAAUAUGACUUAAAAACAGUCCUGCUCGAGGAAUGUAUGAAUUCAUAGGGAGAGAAAAGGCAUCUAAAUACCUAUUAUAAAGUUGAAUGUGGUAAAUGCCACCAGCUAUGUGCAGAGUAUUAAGGAAGCUCAGAAGAAAGAUAUACCUGGGAGGAUCAUUAUAAUUUUUAUUGAGGAGAUGGCAUAAGAGCUGUGAAUAAUUUGUAGAUUUUGACUAGUUUUUAAAAAAUUGUUCUUAAUUUUCCAUAAAAUUUUAUCUAAAGUAAAAAUGAGCAAAUUAUACAGUUUCACAUUUGGAUAAUUCAGCUUCCUGCAUGUUUAUAUUUAUCACCUUUGACUUAGUAGUUCCCAAACCUGGAAGCAUAUCAGAAUCAACUAGCCUUGUAAAGUUCCAGAUUGCUAGGCCUCUCAUGUCAAACUACCUCAUCAGCAUCUCAGGGCUGGGGAGUGGAGUAGGCAGCAAGAAACCCAGGAAUCUGAAUUUGAUAAAAGCUCUCUCCAUAUAAUUCUGUUAUGGCCAGUCAAAGGGUAAUGUUUGGCAAUCUCUGUUAGAUUGUAUGUUUCACAAAUUCCACUUGAUCACAUUUCUUUCAGAAUGUGGAAAGGGACCAAAGAGAAUCUUUGCCCCACCUGCACAAAAAUCUUACAACCUGAUACCUUUUAGCCCUAACUCACCCAAAAAGGAGACCCUGGGGAUCAGUUCCCCAGAGACAGAGGCCAGGAUAAGCCUGCCAAAGGCCAGGUUAAAGAAGGAGGAAAAAGCAACCACAAACAAUGCUUCCAGCAGGGGCCAGGAAAAAAAAAGAAAGGCACAAAACAACAAGCAAGCAGAGAAGAAAGAAAAGGUAUCAGUCACAUUGGUGGGCUCUGGUAGGACAUUUCCUCAUCCCUGCCCCUGGCUCAGGCUAAAUAAGCAGUCUUUUCACGUUGGGAAAAUAUACCCUGUAGUUUCAGGUUACUUGUAUUCCUUUUGGAGGGCUUCUAUUUUUUUUUUUUUUUCCUCAGAGAGGUCAAAAAUGUUUUGAUGAAAGAAUUUAGCAGGAAAUAAUGAGAUGAGGUGGGUUAGAGAUGGGAGUAGAAGUGGAAAGAGAUGUUACACACUUUUCUCUUUCCUUUGACUCAUUUACUCCCAGGAGAUCUGGGAUAGAGUACAUGGCCUCUUUAGGUAUGCUGACUGCAUGCUUUCAGUCUUCCAAACUUUACUGCCUCAUCUAAAGGAGGCUUCCCUGACUGUUCAGAGGGGAAAACCAUGGACAGAUUAAGUGGUUUUCCUCCCCUACCCUUGUCUCUGCAGGAAAAGUCAAGUCUUACCAAUGCAGAAUUUGAGGAGAUUGUCCAGAUUGUGCUGCAGAAGUCCCUUCAGGAGCGCUUGGGGACGGGAUCUGGCCUUGAUUUUGCAGAGACUUCUUGUGCCCAGCCCAUAGUAUCUACUCAGUCAGACAAGGAGCCAGGAAUUACUGCUUCUGCUACUGAUACUGACAAUGCUGAUGGAGAGGAGGUACCACAUACUCAAGAGAUUUCAGUGUCUUGGGAAGGUGAAGCUGUCCCUGAGAUAAGGACGUCUAAGCUAGGCCAACCAGAUCCUGUACCCUCUGAGAAGAUAUCCAGUAGACUCUCUUUAAGCAAAAGAAAGAAGGAAGCUGGAGAUGAGAAGGUGGAGAAAACUCAAAGUGGACAUGAGCUCAGACAGAAAGACCAACUAGAGAAAACAGUUCAGGAUCAUUCCCAGAUCAGGGACCAGCAAAAAGGAGAGAUAAGUGGUUUUGAUCAAUGUCUGGUCUGGGUCCAGUGUUCCUUCCCAAACUGUGGGAAAUGGAGGCGGCUGUGUGGGAACGUUGACCCCUCAGUUCUCCCAGAUAAUUGGUCCUGUGACCAGAACACAGCAGACAUGGAGUAUAAUCGCUGUGAUAUUCCUGAGGAGACCUGGACGGGGCUUGAGAGUGAUGUGGCCUAUGCCUCCUACGUCCCAGGAUCCAUCAUUUGGGCCAAGCAAUACGGUUACCCCUGGUGGCCAGGCAUGAUAGAAUCUGAUCCUGACUUGGGGGAAUAUUUUCUUUUUACUUCCCAUCUUGAUUCUCUGCCGUCUAAGUACCAUGUGACAUUUUUUGGAGAAACAGUUUCUCGUGCGUGGAUCCCAGUCAACAUGCUGAAGAACUUCCAGGAGCUGUCCCUGGAGCCAUCAGGCAUGAAAAAGCACAGAAACAAGGACUGCAGCCAGAAACUGGGGGUGGCCCUGAUGAUGGCUGAAGAGGCAAAACAGAUCAGCAUUCAGGAACGGGUUAACUUGUUUGGUUUCUGGAGCCGAUUCAACGGAUCUAACAGUAAUGGGGAAAGAAAAGACUUACAGCUCUCUGGGUUCAACAGCCCAGGAUCCUGCUUGGACAAAAAGGAGGAGAAGGAGGAAGAGUUAGAAAAGGAGGGAAAGCAAAUGGACCCAACUUUGCCCAGUUGCAACCAAGUCAAAACACAGACCAAAAAAGCCAAGCCAAGAGGCAUGGCAGGUGGCCGAGGCAGGACGCUGCAGAGGAAGAUAAUGAAGAGACCUCUGGGCAGGAAAUCCACAUCUCCUCCUGCACCCAGAAUGGAAACGAAAGAAGGCCAAGGGAAUUCAGAUUCUGACCAGCCAGGCCCUAAGAAAAAAUUUAAAGCUCCCCAGAGCAAGGCCUUGGCAGCCAGCUUUUCAGAGGGAAAAGAAGUUAGAACAGUGCCAAAGGACCUGGGCCCAUCAGCACGUGAGGGGGCCUGCCCCUCAGCUGCAAAAGAAGAGCCCAGACCCCGGCAACCCCUGACCCAGAAGGCUGGAAGUGUCUCCCUUGACGACGAAACCUCCAGUGACCUGGACUUGGAGCAACUCAUGGAAGAUGUUGGGAGAGAGCUGGGUCAGAGUGGGGAGCUGCAGCACAGCGACAGUGAUGGCAAGGACUUCCCUGUGGCCCUGUUUGGGAAGUAGCUGGUGCUCCUGUACUCCCUCUUGUUCUCCCUCCUCUGGGGUGCAGGAGGGAGAAGUUGCUAAGUGCUGGGGGUGUUCGUUGUCUAUGAAGUUCAAGUGUGUUGCGUAGUUUCUGUGUUAAUAAAGCAGGUUACGGUCAGCUGGCUUGGCUGGUCUCUAACUGUCCCCUGUUGGCUGCUCCCCCUC